AUGAAUGUUUUAAUUUCAUAUAAUAGAAUAUAUUUUGAUUUUAGAUUUAUUCAACAAGAAGUACAAAAUUUACUUCAUGAACUUGAACGUCGAGAUAAUGAAUGUCGACGUUUAAAUACUCAAGCAAUAAAUAGUGGACAACAAUUAGAAAUAACAAGUGAUAAACUUCAAACAGUUGAAAAUAAAAGUUUAAUACAAGCUAAAGAAAUUAAAGAUUUACAAGAAAGAUUAACUGUUAGUGAAGAACUUCUUCAACGUAAAACAUCAUUACUUCAUCAAGCAUGUGAAAAACAAUGUAAACUUGAACAAGAAUUAGCUUUUUAUAAAAUUGAUUUAAAAUUCGAUAGACUUGAUUUUUCGAAACAUUUAAAUCAAAAAAGUAAUUUAAAACAAAGGACUAUCAAUGAUAGUCCUUUUACAACAAUUAAAUUUAAUAAUAAUAUAGAAGAUGAAGACGAUAUAAAAUUAACAAUGAUCGAUGAACAACAACAACAAGGAUCAAUGAGUACAAUUCAAUGGCAAACUGCUGAAGUUAAACGUAUAUUGGGAAGUACUCCAGAUGGAAAGUUUCUUCGUGCUGAAGAUGAAACAAUCUAUAAUGAAAAACUUUUACAAUUAGCCUUUAAUAUGAGUGAACUAACAUUUUUACAAGCUAAACAACAAACUAUUGAAGACCGUUUACAAAUUGCAACACAAAAGAAAGAAUCACAUGCUGUGAUUGAACAUCUUUCUGAUGAUCUUAAUAAUUUACAAACUGAAAUGAUGAAUAAAAUAAGUGAUGUACAAGAACUUAAACUUGUUCUCAGUGGUCUUCGUGCUGAUGAAGGACAUGGUUUAAGUACUGAUUUAGAACAAGUUAAUAUUGAAUUGAAACUUGAUGAAAUAGUACGACAACAUGUCAUUAAACUUAAACAGCAAUCAAUCAUACAACCACAAGAAUAUGAUGUUGUAAAUGAAUCAACAUUUGAACAAGCACUUACUGAAGCUAUUUCAUUAUCAGGUAUGAAAAUAAUAACAUUUCAUUUUUUUUUGUGCUCUUUUUUUUUACGUUUUUCACAUACUUUUUUGUUCCCUAUGUUUGUAUUCAAAACAUUCUUUGAUAAUUGAUUUUUUCGUAAUAUGUAUUCAGUGUUUGACGACUAUUCAUUUUAUUUCUACCGUUAACAAACAUACAGAACGAUAGUGGUCGACUUUUUUUUUAUAGUUCGACGUGCGCGCAAUCUCAAUGCCAUUGUUUAAUCGAAAGUGUGAAUUUAUCGAGCAAUCCAAUUCAACUUGAUUCUAUGUUUCAUGUUCCAUCUCCCUUAUCUCAUCAUAUCGCAAUGAUGCCCCUUCUCUUUUUCUCUUUUUACACAUCAAUACCAAAGUUCAAUUAAUAGGGUUAUUCUCUUUACAACUGUAUUGCAUUCGAAACAUUGUUAGUAGCCUAUAGAACAA